GGCAGAAGAGCCUUCGCUGCACGCGAGGACAGAGCAGGGAAAGGAGUGAAAGACGAAUCAAAACAUUAAGGGUUACAGUGCACCCCUAGAAUAUGCACGGGUGGCUCGUGGUGGCCGUUUUGGCCGCCUGCGGCCACUGGGCGGCAGGUGAACUGCUGACACCACCGUACUUCAAUCUCGCCGAGGGCCGACGAAUUUCGGCAACAGCCACUUGCGGUGACACCAACCCUCCUGAAUUGUACUGCAAGCUGGUCGGCGCGACCACCGAGGACAACCAGAAUAUCAUCCACGGACAGGCAUGCGAUUUCUGCGACCCUGCUGUUCCCGCGAGGUGGCACCCUGCCGAGUACGCCAUCGACGGCACCACUCGUUGGUGGCAAAGUCCGCCCCUGUCCAGGGGUGCCAAGUACAACGAGGUCAACUUGACCAUCGAUCUCGGACAGGAAUUCCAUAUCGCCUAUGUGUUUAUCAGAAUGGCCAACUCUCCACGUCCCGGCGUUUGGGCUCUGGAGCGGUCUGUGGACAACGGAUUGUCUUACAAACCGUGGCAAUACUUUGCCGACACUCCUAGCGACUGUGAACAGUACUUUGGCAAAGAGAGUCUCCAGCCCAUCACCCGAGACGACUCGGUUAUCUGCGACACGCAGUUUUCCAAAGUCGUGCCUCUGGAAGGCGGCGAGAUGGUCGCAUUUAUUGUUAAGAACAGACCAUCUGCCAAUGAUUACUUUAACUCGACCGUGCUGCAAGAAUGGAGCAGAGCCACCAAUAUUAGGUUGCGUCUACUGCGAACGAAAACGCUGCUUGGACAUCUCAUGUCUGUUGUCCAACGACAAGACCCCACUGUUACAAGAAGGUAUUUCUAUUCGAUCAAAGACAUCAGCAUUGGAGGUCGGUGCGUGUGCAACGGCCACGCCGACACUUGUGACAUCACUGAUCCGAACGACCCUUACCAGCUGCGGUGCCGCUGCCAGCACAACACUUGUGGCGCUCAGUGUGAGCAGUGCUGUCCAGGCUUUGUGCAAAAAGCCUGGCGCCAGUCCAAAGCUUUCCAGAUUUUCCAGUGCGAACCGUGUAACUGCUUUGGGCAUAGCGAUGAGUGCGAGUAUGACGCUGAAGUUGACAAAAUGCAGGAGUCACUUGACAUCCACGGCCGUUAUGAGGGUGGUGGUGUUUGUCAAAAUUGCCGAGACAACACUGAAGGCAACAACUGUGACCGUUGCAAGCAAGGGUACUACAGGCCAUAUGGCGUCUUCCUCAAUGACACAAACGUCUGCCAACCUUGUCAGUGCGAUUAUUUCUAUGCUACUGGCAAUUGCCAAGAAGGAAAUGGCCAAUGCGAGUGCAAACCCGAAUUCCAGCCACCUAACUGUGACCGAUGCAGUUUUGGUCAUUUCGGCUACCCUGAAUGCAAACCCUGCGAGUGUCACAUUAAUGGCACUCGGGAGGGACAAUGUGAGGCCACUCGCGGAACAGACGGCGUCCAGUGCCCUUGCAAACAGGGCUACUCCGGCAGCUUCUGCAACCAGUGCGCCGAGGGCUAUUACGACUUCCCUAAUUGUGUACGAUGCGAAUGUAACUCUGUUGGCUCGCGGUCUCCCGUGUGUGACGUUGGCUCUGGUCAAUGCAGUUGCAAGAACAACUACGGAGGACGAGCAUGUGACGUCUGUCAGGAUGGCUUUUAUGGUUAUCCCGAUUGCGAAUACUGUAACUGCGAUAACAAAGGGACCGAGCCUGGAAUUUGCGAUAAGGAUUCAGGCCAGUGCUUGUGUAAGGAAGGUUAUGGAGGCGCUCGUUGCGACCAAUGCAAGCCAGGCUAUUAUGGCUACCCUGAAUGCAGACCUUGCGGUUGCAGUAAUAAUGGCAGCACUUCAGACGUAUGUGAUACCAACAAUGGCAGGUGUCGGUGUAAGGGCAACUUUGCUGGAAGAACCUGCGACCAGUGCAAUCCUGGAUAUUACAAGUACCCUGAAUGUUCAGCUUGCAACUGUGACGGAAGUGGGUCGAUUGGCGUUUCUUGCGACAAUGAAGGAAUUUGCCAGUGCCACAAGAACUUUGACGGCAUUCAAUGUGAACGUUGCAAGGAAGGUUUCUACAACUUCCCCAUCUGCGAGGAGUGCAAUUGCGACCCUGCUGGUGUAACACAGACCUUCCAAGGUUGCGGCUCCGUACCUGCUGGUGAGCUUUGCGAGUGCAAAAAUAGAGUUCAGGGACGAAUCUGCAACGAGUGCAGACCACUCUUCUGGAACCUGCAGGCAGCUAACCCACAGGGUUGCGAGGAAUGUUCGUGCAAUGUUGCUGGAACUGUGGGUGGCAUCAGAGUAUGUGACACCAAAAGCGGGCAGUGUGUGUGCAAACCGUCAGUCACAUCCAGAAGAUGCGACGAGUGCGCUGACGGAAGCUAUGAUUUGAUUGAAAAUAAUCUUUUUGGGUGCACAGAUUGCGCUUGUGACAUUGGUGGUUCUGUGAAUAGCAUUUGUGACAAAGCAACUGGCCAAUGUUUGUGCCAGCCCCGUGUCUCUGGCCGAACUUGUGAUGAGCCGCUCCAAAUGCACUACUUUCCAACUUUAUAUCAACUCCAGCAUGAAGCUGAAGAUGGUCGAACACCCUCUGGCUCGCAAGUUCGCUUUGCAUACAGCGACGACGAGUUCCCUGAAUUUUCCUGGAAAGGGUAUGCCGUCUUCUCCCAGCUGCAGAAUGAAAUCGUCCAUGAGGUCCCAAUUCAGAGGCCCUCUCUUUAUCGAAUGGUGCUCCGGUAUGUCAAUCGUAAUCCGGAACCAGUUGUUGGCUAUGUGACCGUCAAGCCGGAUAACAUAGCCGGAACAGACGUGGAGCAGUCCUUCAAAGUACUGUUCAAACCAACUUCUGAGCCUGACUUUGUUACUGUUGCUGACCCUGUUCGUGGAAUUCCAUCUCAUCUGGUCAUGAACCCAGGAAACUGGCAGGUGCAUACGAAGAUUGACAAGGCCAACAUUUUCCUUGACUACUUUGUUCUGCUCCCUUCUGCCUUUUACGAGGCCAACAUUUUAGUCAGCAGUGCAAACAAGCCCUGCUUGCUUGCUAAUCAAGCACUUUGCACUCACUAUAGGUAUCCGAGCUGCAAUCGUUUUGACGUUGUUAGCGGUGAUGCUGGAUUUGUGGAUAAUAAUGGCUUCAGGGAGCAAAUGAAGAUAUUCUUUACUGACGAAGCUCAACUUGAUCAACUUGGUCUUACUGGUGAUUUUCCUCUAAUUAAUGCUGACCAAGAAGAGGUUCAUUUGGAGAUACGUGUUACAAAACCAGGAAAGUACGUCCUUCUCCUGAACUACUUCUCAGCAGAUGAUGAUUCUGAGCCAUCCACCCUUCUUGUUGAGACUAGCACAAAAACAGGUCGUGAUAAUGGCAAAGUAGUCUUGUAUCAGUGCCGCUACACAACUCUUUGUCGCCAGGCUGUUACAGACACAGAUGGCAAGGUGGCAGUUUUCAACUUUGACUCAAAUUCAAUAAGUGUUGUUUUGAAGGCUGCAGAGGACAAUGAUACCAGCAUUGCCCUGCACAGUGUUGUGGCUAUUCCACUUGAAAAAUGGCACAUUGACUAUAUUAAGCCAAAGGCUGCUUGUGUGCGUAAAGAUGGCAAGUGCCUGCAAGCCACAUAUCCUCUGCCACCCUCGUCGAAGAGGAUUGAAUUUGAGCAGGAUAAUCAGGAUCUGGUGGCCACUGAGCUGCCGUCCGACAUUGUGGACCCUGACGCCGUUCUUGUUUACUUGGGUGACAAAAUUAUUGAUAUUGCUGGUCAGGUGCCUCAGGAGGGCAAAUAUGUGUUCAUCGUACACUUCUAUCAACCGGAUUUCCCAGAGUUUGAGAUUGAGGGACUAGUGCAUAAUGGUCAAAUGUAUGAGUCAAAGUUGGCAGUGACUCAUUGUCCGUCUAACUCGGGUUGCAGAGCUUUGAUUAAACAACAUGACGGAAAUCAUGAAUUCCAGCUCACACAAAACUUCCAUCUUACGCUUCGGGACCAACCAGGGAAAGGGCUAUGGCUCGACUACUUUAUUGUUGUUCCUGCCGAUCAAUAUAGUCCUGAAGUGCUGCAAGAAGAUUCUCUUGACCAGACAGGUGUAUUUAUCUCUCAGUGUGGCAAGAACAACUUCCACGUUGACUCGAAUACAACUGGUUUCUGUCGUGAUGCUGUAUUUUCACUGACCACUGAUUUUAACAACGGCGCUUUACCUUGUAAUUGUGACUUCAGCGGGUCACUCAGCUUUGAAUGUGACAAAUUUGGCGGCCAGUGUCAGUGCCGUGAGAACGUGAUCGGUAGGAAAUGUGAGGCUUGCAAGACCGGCUUCUUUGGCUUCCCAGACUGCAAAAAAUGCGAUUGCCCUUCAACUGCCCUUUGCGAUGCCGAGACAGGUGCUUGCAUUUGCCCAUCCAAAGUCACUGGUGAGAAGUGUGACCAGUGUGAGGCAUACACAUUUGGUUUUGAUCCAAUUAUUGGCUGCGAGGAGUGUGAUUGCAACCGCUUUGGUGUCAACCGUGGAAACUUGCAGUGCGAUUUGGAGACUGGCUUUUGCGACUGCAAGCAAAAUGUAGUGGGUAGAACUUGUGAUCAUUGUGAGGCUGGGCACUAUUACUUCCCUUAUUGCGACCAAUGCAACUGUGAUCUCCGAGGAACCAAGCCAGAGAUCUGCGACCAGAGUACAGCAGCAUGUCACUGCAAAGAUAAUGUCCAAGGAAACUCUUGUGAAUACUGCAUCGAUGGAACGUUCAAUCUAAAGGAGUCCAACCCCGAAGGGUGUAGCAAGUGUUUCUGCUUUGGAAAAGCAUCUCGUUGCUCUUCCUCUGGUCUCUAUUACACCCCUGAAAUGCAAAUGGAUGGAUGGACCAUUGCCAGCGUGCUCCCAGAUGCCGAAGUUGAGCCAAUUGAAGUUGAGCUGAACUAUACGCAAUACGCAGUGGUAGCAGAUUUUGCUCCCGAAGAAUUGCUGAACAAAAUUGCAUUUUUCGUCGCACCAGAGGAUUACCUUGGCAAGAAAUUACAUACUUAUGGUGGUCAGCUCAACUACAUGAUCCUUUACAACAGUGGAAUCUCUGGGGUGGCCAUUCACGCAGCCGAUGUGAUUCUCCGUGGCGCCGGCAUCGAACUUAUGCAUUUCAGCGUGGAGCAACCUGCUGGAGCGCAGUUCUGGUCACACAGAGUGCAAUUGCUGGAGGAAAAUUUCCAACUGCAAAGUGGUGCUCCGGCUACAAGAGAGCAGCUCAUGCAAGUUCUCCACACACUAACUGGUCUUUAUAUAAGAGCGACGUACUGGAAUUCAACCAUCAAAGCCAGAUUGGAUAAUGUGACAAUGGACAUUGGCGUGUCUCCCGAAUAUGCCGCCGACCUGGACUACAGCGCUCUUGAUGUUGAGGAGUGUGCCUGCCCACCUAACUACCAGGGGCUCUCAUGUGAGGACUGCUCCCCUGGAUAUUUCCGUGCUCAAACUGGACCCUACGGAGGUUUCUGCACACCCUGCAUGUGCAAUGGCCAUGCAGAUACUUGUGACCCAGUCACUGGCGUCUGCAUUAACUGCAAGCACAACACUGCCGGCGACCACUGCGAAAUGUGCGAAGUUGGUUACCACGGUGAUGCCACUUUUGGUCUUCCAUCAGACUGCCUUAUUUGCGCGUGUCCUCUACCAAUCUCCUCCAACAAUUUUGCUACUGGUUGUAACGUUUCUAACGACGGCGCUUGGAUUGCUUGCGACUGUAAGCCAGGCUAUGCUGGCCCUCGUUGUGAAGCAUGUGCCUCUGGCUUUUAUGGCAGACCUGAGGUCGAAGGUGAUUACUGCAAACCAUGCCAGUGCUCAGGCAACAUUGACUCGAAUGAUCCGGGAUCAUGUGAUUCCAUGACUGGCAAAUGCAUCAACUGCCUCAACAAUGCUGCUGGUGACGCCUGCUCGAUUUGCAGGCCUGGCUUCUUUGGUGACGCCGUAGAACUUAAAGAUUGCCAGACUUGUGAUUGUAAUGAGAGUGGUACAGAGCACUGUGACAGCUACACUGGGCAGUGCGAAUGUCUGCCAAAUGUUGUUGGUGACAAGUGCGAUAGAUGCAACUACGACCAUUGGAACUUUGAUUCUCGUCAGGGCUGUACUCUGUGUAAUUGUGGCGAAGCAUCAGAGUCGACUCAGUGUGACGACAAAACAGGACAGUGCCAGUGCAAACCCGGUGUUGCAGGCCAGAAAUGUGAUAGGUGCGCACCAGGAUUUUGGAAUUAUAGUCCCGAAGGAUGCAUCACUUGUGGAUGCAACACGAAUUUCUCUCGUGGUGUUGGCUGCAACCCUCAAACAGGCCAGUGCGAGUGUCUGACCGGUGUUGAAGGUGAAAAGUGUGACCACUGCCCACACAGGUGGGUGCUUAUUCCUGACCAGGGCUGUUUUGGUUGCACCACUUGCAUUGACAACCUGCUUGAUGUCACUGAUAAACUCCAGCUAGCGAUUGAUCCAGUUAUGGAUGAAUUUAAUACGGUUGCUAUGGGCUACUUUACAACGCAGAGGUUGAUCUACAUCAAUGAGUCUGUCUUUGAUCUGAAACCCAAAGUUGUAACUCUCAACCCUGAUAAGGUUAACUUGACCCCUAUGCAAAAUGACGUGGAAUCUUUGGAGCAAGAUUACCGCUCUAUCCAUCGCCGAAGUCAAUAUGCACAAACCAACGCAGAAAAGCUGAACGGCGACAAAAUGAAUAUGGAGGCUCUUGAUGUGGAAGAAUUGGUCAACCAGGCUGUCAUUCAUGCACAAACCAUUGUUAUGGAGGUGAACGACUUGGCGUACAGUCUGGACGGAGGUGGUAGUCCCCAAGCAGCAUUGCAAGCUCUGCAAGAGGCUGAGGCCAUUCUUGAGGAAAUAAAGGCAAAAGAUCUGAGCAGCAGUCGCACGGAGGCUGAAGAAGUUCUGGCGAAAGUGCGUGAGCUGCAUGAACGAAUGCGUCAGUUUGCUCUUCCUGUUGCUAGCCAAACAGAGGCCCUGUCGAACCUCAGCACAAAGGUAGAGGAUUUCGGUAAAAAGUUGGACGAUUUGAGGAAACACUCCGACGAGACAUUUGACAGUGCUGAAGAACACGAGAAUCUCAACUUGGCAGCCAAGAGUGAUCGUCUCUCAAACAAAGUUGAGCGGGUCAAAAAUUCUUCUUUGGCUGGUGAAAAGGCGCUCGAGAAUGCAAGAGAGCUAAAUAAGCAAAGCGAGGAGCUGCUUAAUGAGGCUCGAGAUAACUUCAACAAAUUCAGCGAAACAUAUGAUGACUUGGGAAAAUCUAUUUCAAGACUAAAUGCCAGUUAUGCAGACACCGAGUCGCAACUCGAUGAUAUAAAUCAACCAGCAAGGGAAGCGCAAGACCAUGCUGAUGAGAUUAAAGAGAGGGCCCAAAAAUUAGAUGACAUGUUGGCCGACACAAGAGACUUGUCAAAGGUGGCCGUCGGUGCAGCCAAGGCUUAUGAAAACAUAGCUGACGCCAUCGAAAAAGCUAUGCAAGCUGCCAGGGAGGCAGGGGAGGUUGCCACUGAUGCUGCUGAAAAGUCGGAGGGAAGUGAGGAGAAAGCAUUGGAGCACAAAGAAAAGUCAAACGGACUAUUGGAGCGGGCGCGGCGAGCUCACGAGAGGGUAGAGGAUGAUCUACGUCCACAGUUGGAUGAUGCCCUGUUUGCUGUCGAUGAAGUGCGAACCAUGAAUCAGCAGGCAGCUUCCACUGAUGAGCUCAUUGGACGAAUGCUGGCGACGCUGCCACCAAGUGAUGCAGCUCAGCUUGCGGAACAAACUAGGGAGGCGAUUAGGAGAAGCGAAGAUGCAAACCGUGCCGCCCAAGAGGCACUUGGUAACAUUGAAGACAUGGAGUCUCGUUUGCCUGACUACCUGGAAGAUGCACGUCAGCUCCCCAAAAGCAUGGAUGACACUGCAAAGAAAAUUGACGGGUCCACUGCUCAUGUCGAGCGUGUCAGCAAAGUGCUGCCUGAUAUCAAUACGUUGAUUGGAACUGUGAAAAAUGAGCAGGAGCGUCUGGUUGAGAAGGGCAAAGAUGUUGGCCUGCAGAUCGAGGAACUCAAAAAGCAAGUUGUUCAGGCUCGUGAUUUGGCAAAUAGGAUUAAGGUUGGAGUGACUUUCUAUCCAAAUACCACUUUAGAACUGAAGAACCCUGAAGGCUUGGCAUUGUUAGCCACGUCUACAAAGGUCUCAACCUACUUGCGCACCGACAAACCAAACGGAUUUGUCCUCUACCUCGGAAAUGCAAUUGGCACCAAGAAUUUGGUCAAGAGGGCAAAGACAGAUGACUUUGUUGCUCUGGAAAUUGAAAACGGUUAUCCUGUUUUAACGAUUGACUUGGGAUCAGGCCCGCAGAGAAUUGUGAAUGAGAAGUUUGUUGCUGAUGAUGUGUGGUACCAAAUUAUUAUUGAGAGAACUGGUAAGAAUGCCAAACUGACUGUGCGCCAAGAGGGAUUAGAAGGAAAAGAAUUGAAGUACGAGAAGGUCGAAGCACUUACCGGCACGCAUUCUAUCCUCAAUCUUGACCAGAGUUUGUCUAAGUUGUUUGUUGGUGGCUACCCAUCAUCAUUCAACAUUCAGGACGCUGUCAAGUACUCUUCAUUCGAAGGCCAGAUGGAAGAACUUGUCAUUGGCGAGACUCCAGUAGGUCUAUGGAACUUUGCUGAUGCUGUUAAUAAUGAGCGUGCGGCAAUUGAAAGGGAUAAGCUUGUGAAUCUACAGACAAGCACAGGCCUUCGCUUUGACGGUGAAGGAUAUGCUGAAGUUGAAGCUCAGCAGUACGUCCGACCAGAGCAGACAGCUGUUUCCUUUAAAUUCAAGACUUACGGGGAGGAAGGUCUGCUUUUCCUAAUGGGCAUUGGUUCCAAUUACCUGGCUGUACAGCUGCGACGAGGAAGGGUUGUUACCCAGCUAAAUCUUGGUGAUGGUCCCAUGGAAGUUGAGUCCAAGAGCAAGUAUAAUGAUGGCAGGUGGCAUACAGUAGAGAUUGCAAGAGACAGGAAGCUCGGAAAUGUUAAGAUUAAUCAACAAAUCGAAGGAGACCUUUCGGCGCCUGUUACCUCAACUGAUAAUCUGAUGCCUGAAAAGAUGUACUUCGGUGGAUUCCCUGGACAGCAUUCUUACCCCGAAUUAACAAAUGUUGACUUUGAUGGUUGCAUUGAUGAUGUAGAAUUAGACAGUGAGCCAGUUGACUUGACGCAGACAAAGGCAUUCGGAGUUGCACCUGGAUGUCCUUCAAAGGUGGCUUCGAUUGUGUCAUUUGACGAACGUCAACCAGGCUAUGUUCGGUGGCCAAAUGCGUCCUCUGACAAUUUCCUACAACUGACAUUAAAACUCCGCUCGAGCGCCCAAAGUGGUCUUAUUUAUUUAGCCGCCAGUAGGGACCAGCAGUCCACCUUCUCGUUGUCCAUGGUCGACGGGAAAUUGGUCCUCAGGAGCCAGAAGGAAGAACUCAGUUCUGAUGCGAGAUAUAAUGACGGUGAAUGGCAUGUUCUUACCGCAACUCACAGCUCUGAAUCCCUCAGGUUGGACAUCGAUGACUAUGACACAUUCACAUCAGAGCAACCCCCUCAGCAACUUUAUCUGAAAUGGGGCACCAUGUAUUUUGGCGGGCUGCCGACAGACGUCAGUCCUCCUUCGGGUGUUGUUGCAGCAUCUAAUGCCUUUGUUGGUUGCCUCGGCGAUGCAACCGUCAAUGGAGUUUUCAUCAACUUUGCCAACUCUACUGACCGACCAGGCGCCGUUCUUGGCAAGUGUUCCGGCACCGCUGCCCCAGCAGUGCCUGUUGAACCAGAAGCAGGGAAGGAAGGCAAAAUCGACAAAGUGCAACCUCAACCAACAAGACCGCCAACAACCACUCCAGAACCCGAGACCACUUUGCCACCUACAACACCACCACCAGCUCAAUGUGUGCUGCCCAGAUACCCAGCAAAGGAUCUUGACGUUGCUGAGGAUAGCCUUAGAUUUGGUCUUGUUCCAUACGGCCGUCUAGAGUAUAAUUCAGUGCCAGGCCAGCUAAAGAAAAAGUUUGACUUCACAAUUGAAUUUAAAACUUUUGUUGGCGACGGUGUCAUCUUCUAUGUUGCUGAUAAGAACCAAGUUGAUCACAUUGCUGUCUACAUGAAGGAUGGAAAGGUCUUCUACAGUUUCAACUGUGGCUCGGGACCAUCACUUGUCACAUCCACUGGUGUUUACAAUGAUGGUGAUUGGCACACAGUUGCUUUUAGCCGCAAGUCCUCCACUGGCAAGCUUGUCAUCGACAACGUUGACAAGGCCGAGGGAACUUCCAAGGGUAACACCAACACAAUCAACGUCGCUCCACCCUUCUAUUUGGGCGGCAUCAGCGAUAAGAUUGCAAACACCUCCAAGACUAAUUUAGCAAAUGUUACCAGAACAUUUGAAGGUUGUUUGCGAAACUUCAAGAUGGGCAACGAGAAAAUGGUAGAUUUGUCAUUCUCGUCUGGAACGUCUCCUUGCUCAGAAAAAGUGGAGGAGGGAGUGUACUUCUCUGCAGAUGGUGGAUACAUUAAAACUGCUGAACCGUUCAGGGUUGGUCUUGAAAUCCAUGUCAAACUGGACAUUCGUCCUCGUAACACCAACGGCAUUCUCAUGUCUGCGCACGGAAAAGGCGACUACUUUGUCCUACAGUUGAUUGAUGGUGCAGUCAAGAUUAGUGUGAAUAAUGGAAAGAAGGCUUUCUCGACCACCUUCACUCCGCCUCAGACAUAUUACUUGUGUGAUGGACAGUGGCACAACAUAGAGAUUAUCAAGACAAAGGCGCUGGUAACCCUGACUGUAGACAAGAUUUCAGCCGACCCAGGAGUUGGCAGUGGACCUCAAACCACUGACACAACACAUCCACUCUUCAUAGGCAACCAUCGUAAUUCAAACAUGCGCGGAUUCGAAACCAAAGACAGGCAGUUUGUUGGUUGCAUCAAAAAUCUUGUCGUGAAUGAGCGUCUUGUCAAGCUAAGCAACUUUGAGGUUCAUGGCAACGUCACCCGGAGCUCGUGCCCCACUAACUAAGCAUUUGGUAAAAUUUCAAACUUUCCACUCGACAUUUAAAAUGAGAAAACAAAAAUACAUGCAAUUGCGGCAUUUACAUUUUUUGAUGAAUUUGCUGAAGAAAAUGAAGGUUUUGUUGAUAUUGAACUAUUUGAACAAAUUAAAAAUAAUUGCACAAUAAAUUUUCCUGUCCAACAUAAUCUUUAUUGAUUUAAGCUGCAUGACCGAAUUACACUUAAAAAAUUGUAAAAAAGAUAAGUAAUUAAAUCAAUGCAACUAUACAAUUUGAAUCAUUAGGCAGAUGAGAAAAACCUCGUUGAAACAAUAAAUCCCAGUUACUCUACGCCGCUAAGCUAAUUCUUUAAUACCAGCUGGUGCUCCUGGCCAAGGUCAUGGGAAUAUGUUAUUUGACUCAAAAUUGGGGUGCAAACGAGAGCUUCGACUGUUAGAACGAGAUCCAACCUACAGGCCAGGAGCACCUGCUAAAUCUUAAAAUUAAUUCGUAGUAAAAUUAAGAGACCUUUUAAAUGCUUGCGGUUUGAAAUAUAAUUGUUGUUUGUGCAUUUAUAAAGGCGUUGGAAUGAUAGUUAGGGCGAAAUUAAAUGCGCCACUUCACUUGGGCCUCAGAAAAUCGCUUUCGAUAUGCACAUGAGGCCGCAAAUAAAUGGAAUUAUCCGGUAGUAAUAAUUAGUUGUAAUUAAUAUAACAGCUUAAAGCAACAAUUUCUUUGCGCUUGUAGUGGAAUACAUGAUUAUAAAUGUGUAAAACAUAACCAGAGAAGAAGGGAAGACAAUUACAUCAAUAGUUGGCUCACGCAAAUUUUAAAUCUAAUUUUGAUUGGAGUCAAGGACUUUGAUCGAAUUAUGAUGGUUAAAAGCUAAUGGGGGUGGUAGGGGGUGGUUUGUGUUGUCGGAGUGCCAGUACCGCUUGCUUUCUUUAACCUAGGGGUCAGGGUGUUCCAGCUGGCGCACCCUGCGGAACCGAGAUUGCUUUUAUCAGUCAGUCACAUCCUCCAACAGACCACGUCCAAAGUUAGAACCUGAGGACACACAUUUUCAUUUUUUAUUCUGAUAUCAUUUUUCUAAUUAAUUUCUUUGUAGAUAAAUAAGCUUUUGUUUCAUUAAAAAACAAUUGAUUUUAAGAAACUCAACAAAUUUCAAAACAUAAACUUUUAUGAACUUUUAGAACAGUCCAUCAUGUGAAUUUUUUUUAGUAGAAAACAGUUGUUCUACAUUAUUUUGGCACUACAUUUAAAGAAAAAACGACAAAAUUUUACUGUUUGAAAUGGAUUGAUAAAAUUAAAGUUACUACGCAAUUUUACUGCGGCUUGAGUAUUGUUUUUAAUUCAGGUUUGUAUUGCGAAAAAAUGCUACUUUAUUGAUAAUUUUAAUUUAUAAAUUUAAUAAUAAAUUGGUUAGCAUUUGCAAUCCCCAGCAAUCCCUAGGCUAGUUCAAAUAUAUUUCCUAUUUGAAAGUUUUAAUUUAAAAGACGUGUCAUACCACUUGAAUUAUUAGUUAAUCAGAAUUAAAUUAAUUAAGAAAGCACAAAGAUUUGAACUAAUUUAAUGAGAGGAUAAAAAGGAUAAUUAAAUUAUUUCAAAUCUUAAAUCUUUAAUUAUUAAAUAACAUUUAAAAGGGAAGUUUUUAAGUUAAAAAAUAAUUAAUUCAAUCAUUUUAUAUAACUUCUGUAGCUCUAUG